AUAAUUUCCCCCAUUGCCCACAAACCACUUCCUUUUCUACCCAUGAAUUCUUCUUCAUGUUCACAGCAGACAGAAAGCUGAUGCCUCUGUGUCAGGCAAGCAUGAAGACAGUUGCAGUAACUUUCUAUCUCUUCUGCUUUCAGUUUGAAGCCUUGUGUGGAGCUGAUACCUGCUCAUCAAGGUUGUGCAAAAAUAUAGAUAAGUUUCAGGUCUCGGACCCCCAGGGAAUAGUAAAAUUUGAAGAUGGAAAAUUCAAGUUAAUAUUCCAAAAUCCCAAAAAUGUGAGUGAGUUCAGCAUGACCCUCCUCAAAGGGCAUGAAAAGAAGGCAAUCUGUGCACUCCAUGUGAGUAAGAAUAAAGCUGUCCCAAAGAGUAACGUCACCUACUGCCAGGCAGAGCAUUCGAAUACCAGCACCACCUUCAUUCUGACAAAUCUGGACAGAAAACACAUUGACACUUACACCUGCUGCCUGGAGAGUUUAUUACCCCCCCCUUACAUAGACUGCCACUUGAAAGAAACCUAUUUGUACAUCCAAGAUAAGGAAGACUGCUUUUCACAAGGAAUCACGUCAUGGAUAAUUAUUGGCCUGAUUGCAUUUGCCCUGAUUUCAUGUGUUUGCUGUGUAGUAGCCUGCCGCUUAAGGAACAAGAAUCAGCAGUGUGAAUCCAGCUCCCAUGAGUACAACAGUGAAUACAUGCCCAUGGCAGCAGUGAAUGCAGCUAAAAAACCAAGAAUCUGAGGUUUAAGUUGCUUAUGGCAUAGAAAUUUUGGCAGCAGAAGUUUCUAGCUACUUGAACCUCGAUAACAGGAAAUCAGCAUUUCCUCACCUUCCUCUGCCUCCCUGAGCUCUUAUGAUGGCCCUGUGCUCAGUCGUGAUACUGAUAUCUAGUACUAGUAUUGUUCUAAACUGUUUUGCUCUCACCUUGUGUGUUAACUGGCACACUUCCUGAUCCACUGACUUGUGCAUGAAGUGCUAACAAUGUGUUAAAGAUGUCAGCUUUUUUUAGCUGAAGAAAAUGUUGUGUUUGCCUAAGAGUAGAUUCCCGUAGUGCCGCAACAGAGAGAACUUCUAUUUUCUACGGUCUCUAUGGUAAACUUUCCACUGGGAACAAAAGAAAAAGACUACCUCCAAUGCCAAUGCCAGCGCAUUGCACAAGCCCUUUUGUUAGGGCUAAUCUAUGAUGCCAUGAAUUCAUCCUAAUAUUUGCUGUCAAACUUCCUGGCACCACGCUAGGAGUGAGCAGUAUGCACACAUUCUCCUGCAAACUGUGAGAUAGCAGGGAAACAAAACCUGAGAAAGCACAGCAGAGACUUUACUAUGACUCAGAACCUCAAGUAUACGCAGCUGCAUUUUUCGUAUUUGUGUUGUCUGUACAUCUUUGCCAUUUGUACAUUAGAGGGCCUCUUAUUUAAUUAAAUUCUGGAGUCCACAAAACCAGUGUAUUCAUGGACUCUGCUUUGCAACUAUCUACCACUUCCCUAGUGAAUUUAGGGGUUACUUGACAAGCGGAUUGCUCAGAGCCUAUAAUAUGAAUGAGAUAAUUGAAUGAAUGAGUAAAUGAAUUAAAUGAUCAAUCCUUCACUCUAUUUGUGAAAUCUAUCAAAACUCUGGACCAUAAAUGACCAACUGGGAAUCCUACCUGAAUAUAUUGCUAACAUUUGGCUGCAUGAAGCAGAGCAGCGCACUGUCGAGUCUCUUUGUAAUUAUUUGGCAAAACAAAUACUUGGUCAGAGGAUACAAUGCUCUUUGUCUGAUAAAUGGAAGGCUGGUUUCAAAUUUGAUAGGGUAAACAGGGAUCAUCAGGCAUGGAAAGAAAGUAAGCUGGUAUGUCAAGAACAGAGUUUUCCUCAACAGAACUCUGAAUACAUAGAGGUAUUGCAGAGAAAAGGUACAGAUUGGUCACUGUGACAUUAAGAAAAGUGAAAACGAGAAAGGUACUGAAAGAAGUGAGGACUGCCAAUUUAGCAGGAGCUAAUCCACUAAGACAACCAGCUCCUAGGUACAGAUGCAGAGGGGCAGCCUGGCAUGCUGGGUAACAUUCUUUUCUGUUGUUCCAUCACAUAAUUUUGCCAGUUUUCUUAAGCUCCCUAACAAACAAAACUAUCCUCCACAAAUACAUUGUUUCAAUAUUUUGAAAAUCACUGGUAAAAAAAUUGGAUUUGAAAAUUAUCAGUGAAUAAUAACCUCUAUUGCUUAUGAUAAAUGCUUGAUAUAAAAUACUGUGUAACAGAGAAAUCUUACUCCCUGGAACUUCCAACCAGACUGAGAAAGAAAUUCAUGGACUAAAGAAUUUCUGAAAGAAUGGAAAAACUGAGGUUUGCCUUGGGAUGCUGCUGUGAAAAAGAUAUGUCAAAAUAUGUUGUACUCUAGAAAGAAAAAUGGAUUAAAUCCACUGUAACAAA